UGGCAGCUGCCCCACCAUGGCCUCCUGGACCCUCCUGCUCCUCGUCUCGGCGCUCCUGGGCUCCCCAGGCACUGGGGUCCCCGCGAGCUCCGAGGGCUCAGCUGAGGGUCUGGCCUCUUCUAGUCUGACCCCUGAGUACUAUGACCCGGCCGUGGCCAGCCUGUGUGAGGGACAGCAGCUCCGCCGGGGCCUGGCCGGGGUGGGCCCCCAGGGUGACCUGCUGACCGCCACAGAGGGCCAGGGAACCGGGUGCUGGUUCUGCCGGAAGAUGAUCCAGGCGCUGAAGAACAUGGUGGGAGAGCAGCCAGACGAGAACAGCAUCGCCAAGGCUGUGUCCAAGGUGUGCAGAAAGCUGAGGGUGUCCAAAGGCCUCUGCAAGAACCUCAGGACGAAGUUUCUUCAAUCCAUCACCCAGGACAUCAUAGCUGGCAAAAAGUCCCUCGAAAUCUGUGUGGACAUCCGCAUGUGCAAAUCUCAGGCAGGUCUCAUGUGAGCCUCGGGGCCUCUGGCCCCACCCUGAGGAGAAAGCACCAGAACUCCAGCACUCACGGUCCCUCCUUCCUCCCUAAAUCGGAGUCAUCCUCCAGUUUCCGUCAUCUCCCUCCUCCACUGCCUUUCCUCUCUCCGGAGAAUAAAAUGUCCUGC